CUAUGUCUUCUGAAACCGCUACCAGAUUCGCCACUUCUGAGAACACUGCUUUCGACAGUGAAAACCAGGCUGGACAAGUUGCCAAUCGAGGCCUUGGACGUGGCGGUGUUGGCAAGCAAAAGGAGGCCCUCAAGCUCAGGUUGGAUCUCAACCUCGAGGUCGAGAUCGCUAUCCAGGCCAAGGUCAACGGCGACAUCACCCUUUCCCUCUUGGAGUAAACCUUCCAAUGGUCAAUAGCUUGAAUUAAAGCGCACAAUCUGGCUGAUUGUUGUCAAGAAAUGUCGUUACCCAGAUUUGUUCACAUAGCAGCCGCCUCGAUAAAAUUUCUACCUUCCAUCCAGCUUUUUACAUUUCUUCCCAAAUCGCUCCUUUCAUUUUAUCCAAAGCAAUUAUUGUUUACUUUCAUCGUCACUUUUGUUAUUUCUCAUCAAUUGUCGGGUCGUACGGCUUUUCUGUCGAAUAUCAGUGUUGCUCGUGUUCAAAUUCGAGUAUGUUCACCUCAACCCGUG